AUGGCUUCCGCCGAAAUCCCCAACGCCGACACCGCCGACCCCAACCCCAACCCCACCCCCGUCCCCGCUGGCUCGCCGUCGCCUCCGCUCCCGCCGCGCAAGCGCCGCCUCUCCCUCUCCCCAUCUCCCGCCCCCUCCCCCAGGCGCUCCCCGUCUCCCUCCCGCUCCCCUGGCGGCGGCCGCCAAACCCGUAGCCGUAGCCGUAGCCGCAGCCGGAGCCCUGCCCGGAGCCGUAGUCGGAGCCGGAGCCGCAGCCCGCGCCAGCCCGACGUCAAGCGGCGGCGGCAGAACGACCUCACUGUCGAGGCGUGCCGCGACUACCUGCGCGACAGGUGCACCCGCUCCGACCUCGAGUGCAAGUACGCGCACCCGCACCAGUCCAUCUCCGUCGACGGGGAGAACAAGGUGACGGCAUGCGCGGAUUCGCUGCGGAACAACUGCUUCCGGGGCAGAACCUGCCGAUACUACCACCCGCCUCCCCAUAUCCAGGAGACUAUGCUGAGAUCAAUUGGUUUGGACGUCCCACAUCUGAGGACAGUGUGCAGAGAUUUUGCACGUGGGCGAUGUUCAAGAUCAGCAAAUGAGUGCCGCUUCUUGCACCAUUCAGCUGUUCAAGAGACUCCAAUUGUUUGCCAAGAUUUCUUGCGUGGGAGGUGUGACCGUAUAUCAUGUCGGUACACUCAUGUAAUGGCACAACCAAUGGUACCCCCACCAAUGAGGGAUAUUCCCAUGCAAAUGCAAUACCCUGAGAUGGUUUACAUGCCACCGCCGCCACCACCACCACAUGGAUUACAUAUGAUGGCUCCUCCUCUCUCACCCCCUAGAACUUUCGCUGGUCCUAAGGCGCAAGUUUGCAGGGACUACUUGAAAAACAUGUGCAAUAGAGAAUCCUGCAGAUUUGUACAUCCUGAUUCACAAACUGAGGUGGCACAUGACAAUGUUGAAGUUUGCCGUGAUUUUAAACGGGGAGAAUGUACGCGACCUGCCUGCCGCUUUUACCACCCAUCUUCAAACUGAAGUCCUCUUAGAUAAAUCUUGAGUGCCCUGCGCUGCCGCCGCUGCUACCGCUCCGCCGCUGCUAAUCCUGCUACGCUGCCAAAGAGCUGCUGCGCUGGCUGUUGUGCUGCUAAGGUGCCAUAGAGUAUGAGAGCCUGCUAUAUCUGGAAGAAAAACUUGUUAUAAUCGUGUAAUGUUCGGAUGGUUUGCUUGAAUUUUACUUUCAGCUUCGGGAUAGUUCACUUUACGCUGGGCUUUGCAUGUUCAGUUUUGCACUUGGUCUUGAUAAUGAUGUUUCAGACUUUUA